CGCUCAUUCAAAUAAAUACUCAAAUGCUUCACACUCAAAUAAUUGUGCUCUUGUUUAAACACCACAAUAUAAUCAUUUAAAAUAGUCCGCGAACUUAAUAAAAUCCCAUUUAGCUUGAGAAAACUUUCGUGUUCUUUCAAGACACAAUCUUCACAAUCGUGGCAAAUGAAAAAAAUGCAUCACGAUGACAAACAACAGUCGAUGUCCUUCGCUUCAUUCACUCAGACAUGUCUGUUGUCCGUGUUAACUGCUGUCUGUAUACUGUGAAUGUAGGGAAAAAAUACAUGAGGUUAUCGUCACGGAAAGUUCAAACUGCUCUCGGUGUUUGUAUAACUGGGUGCCCACGGCAGAGCUGGAUUCGACUGUAUCCAUUAUUGAGCCAUACCACUGCACAACACAAAAACCUAUCGAAACAAUAAUUCAUAUCACUGGGCAUUCGUCCAAACGCUGUAGUGUUGAUCAUAACAAAUAAACAUUACAAACUUUAAUGAUAAUUGCGACUUCCUUUCACCUGCAGAAAGUUCAGACCGACAUAUGGUCGAAUAUAUUAACAUUUAGUUAUUCAAAUUAUAGUUGCCAACCUUGUAAGAAAUGAAGUCGACGACAAAGGGCUUCAAUACGAUAACAUUUAUGCCUGAGCUGAUUCUAAUUCUUUGUCCAUUCUAUCAUUGAUUAGAAGCCAAGCAAGAGCGUGAAACUGCGACAAUUACGUGUUUCGGGUAUGUAUUUUGAAACAAAACUGUAUUUUAAUAAAAUAUUCUGAAAAAUCCCCAAACAUCACAAACGAAUCAGCUUGUUCUGCAUAAGAAUAUGAUAAAGUAUUUUUUACCAGGCUUAGCGUCAUUACUGUUUCAAAGAUUCGUAUUUCUCGUUAACAUUGUCAUAAAUGUAAUGAGCGAAACAUUUCUUAAACGAUAUGAAAUAUUCAUUUAGCAAUUAUAUAUAUGUAUUCAUAUUUACGCAAAAACAAGUCAAAAAUUGAACCUUUUAUGGCCCUAGGAUAUGAUGUACAUUAAAAAUGAAUUAUCUAAAGUGUAAGCGGGUGGUCAUGAAAUACUAAAUACAAUAUAAUAUAAAACAUCUAUUAGUUGUGUAAGAAUUAGCCAACGUUUUCUAUUUAUGAACAUGAACGAGUAAAACCUUAAUUAAAACCAACUGAAGUGAUAUAAAUUAGCAAGACCUUUGUUUAGUGAUUCAUUACGUUUUCACGUCUCUUCAGAAGUGCACAAUAUUCCAGAUGGUAUUUGCAAAGAAUUACUAGCUGUUUCCCUUCACAUUAGAGCAGCGGAUUCAAGAUUUCUUUCUUGUCACCUACGUUGUAUCCAUGUUAACAUGAACAACAGCACAGCUUCAACUCCGUUACCACCCAACUAUGGCAAAGCAGCAUUGAAUGAACUUCUUCCUGUUGCCAUAGCAAUAACUCUGGCCAACGGACUGGUGUUCGCGUUAUUUUACAGAAGGAAAAGUCUUCGAACUUCAUCCAAUUACCUGUUGCUUGGUUUGGCGGUUUGCGACUUCCUUACAGGUGCAAUCAAUAUUCCAUACUUCAUUGUUUUCAGUUUCGAAGUUGUUCCGCAAGCCAUUCAGAAAGACUAUUCUUAUUGGCUGUACAUUCUGCAUACUCUGAUGUCCGUGUCAGCUGCUUAUCAUAUUCUCGUCAUAACGGCGGAAAAGUACUUGGCGAUUGUCAGGCCACUGAAACACUAUCUGGUAACCAAGAAAAUGGCGUUGAAAGUGUUGGCUGGGAUUUGGAUCACAUCUGCAUCCAUUGCUGUCAUUCCGUUACUUUGGAAAAACAGCCAGUCACGCGUUUAUUUCAUUGUCCAUUCUUCGGUUUGUCUUCUAGUAGUAUUUGUUCUCCCAUACGCAUUUAUGAUUUAUGCGUACAUAGUUAUGUUCAAAGCGAUUACCAGUAAAAGAAGACCAUCGUCAACUCACAGAGAUACGUCAAGGUUACACAAGAAAAGCAUCCAUGAUCAAAAGUGCAUUUUAGUUUUCGCAGUGAUGGCGGCGGUAUUUGCAUUUUGUUGGUUGCCCUAUUUCACCAUUGCGCUGCUACUUAACAUAGAGAUCCAUCUCAAGUCAAAUAUUUCUAAACCGACUUUAAAGACCACCAAAGUGCUUGCCUUCGUUCGAUACAUGACAUCCAUCAUUAAUCCUCUGCUUUAUACCUUUUUCAAGCGCGACUUUUGGCAGGCUCUACGAAAUCUUCCCGUCAAAAGCGGGUAUAUGUACAGAAGAACCUCGUCGACGUACUCGAGAAGUCGAUCGCUGCCGCAUGAUACAGUGACAAGAAAAAAGAAUUCUAUUGCCGACAAUUCCAUGCUAUCUCGGCUCUCGUGGACUGGAGAAACUACUUCAAGAGCAAACGAUAAACUGAAAACGAACACCGCAGAAGAACACAUGGUUUUCAUAUCUUCCGUGUAAGAGCACGAGAAACACGUUAGUGGUAGAAUGACCUUGCGUUACGCCGCUUUCGGUAUCAGCAAUCACAGAUUAUUUGUACACAAUAACUCUGCUUGCAAGUACUUAAAAAAAUUGUCUUGUUUCACGAAAAAAAAAGUUUAGUUUUGCAGUCUCUUGCGCAAAAUGUUCCGACUAAAAGUGUUCCGCUGAAGUUCUUUAAUAUUUGCGAAUAUUUUUUUUGUCCAGUUCAGUUAGUAUAGGUAAUCACAUGGUUUCGAGUUCAAUUUGAUUUGCACGAGUGAGGUUUUCAAAAACGGGCCGCUUCGGCAAGUGGAAUAUUCAGCUUUUUUAAAAACUCACAAGUGCUAAUUAAUUCC